GCCAAAAGCACAGAACGGGGAGAUGGAUACACGCGGCAAGUCAUGCAGUCCGAUUACUGAAGUUUACGCAAUUGUGAAGGGCUCUGAACAACAUGGGGACAUCUGAUUUUCAUGCAAUAUGGUAUAAUUAUUUUAUUAGUACGCAUGUAUCUACGAAAAAUAAAUUAAUCGCUGUUAUCCGCAGAAAGAAAUAACGAUUCUCUUUAUAUAUGGAUAUGAUGCGCGUGUUCAGUAAGCUAUCGGUAUUUCACACAGAUGACACAUUUACGGCUGAACUGACAGUUCUUCCGAAAGAAGACAGUCAGCUGAAGUGAAUACAACAAAGAUGUAUCGCUUAUAGAGGAGCGAGGACGGCUGGCAAGGGAUCGAGGUGAUAUUUGUAAAUUGCUGUACAGGAGGGUCCAUUGGAGAGGAGAGGUGACUUUGACCGGAUGCACAUAGCGGAGAGUGCCGUGUGGCUUUGACCAUGAGCCGGCUUAUGUUGGGCCGGACGCUGGAGCGGAUCUGCAAGGCUGUGCUGCUGCUCUGCCUGGUGCACUUCCUCAUCAUGAUGAUCCUCUACUUCGAUGUCUACAGCCAGCGAUUCGACAUCUUCAGCCGCUUCAACAAUGGCCGUGGAGCGAACAGCUCACGAGGACCACCCCACUACUACUAUAAUUUCUCCAGGCCCAACACUACCUUUGCAAGUUACCUGGCCACUGCUGACCAUCUCCUGCCCAGUGCCAAGCCAGAAGCAAAUCACACACCACCAACCCCUAAGCCAUUACCACCAUGUCCGGAGGUACCUCCUGGUCUGGUGGGGCGUCUACUCAUCGAAUUCAGCUCCCUGAUAACCCUGGAGCGGGUGCAGAGAGAGAACCCUAACGUGACAGAGGGGGGCAAAUACACGCCACCGGACUGCUGGCCUAAGCAGAAAGUGGCUAUCAUCAUUCCAUUCAGGCACAGAGACAACCACCUGAAAUACUGGUUACACUACCUGCACCCAGUCCUGCGCAGACAGAAGAUCGACUAUGGCAUCUAUAUAAUCAGUCAGCUUGGUCAGGAAACCUUCAAUCGGGCCAAGCUUCUUAAUGUUGGCUACACAGAGGCUCUGAAAGAUGCGGAAUACAACUGCUUCAUUUUCAGUGACGUGGACCUGAUCCCUAUGGACGACCGGAACCUCUACCACUGUUACGACCAGCCACGUCAUUUUGCCAUUGCCAUGGACAAAUUUGGCUUCAGGCUGCCUUAUGCAGGGUACUUUGGAGGGGUGUCCGGCCUUAGCAAAAAACAGUUCCUCAAAAUCAACGGCUUCCCAAACGAGUACUGGGGCUGGGGAGGAGAAGAUGACGAUAUUUACAACAGAAUCACACUAAAUGGGAUGAAAGUGUCUCGGCCUGACGUGAGAAUCGGCCGCUACAGGAUGAUCAAGCAUGAAAGAGACAAGCACAAUGAACCAAACCCCCAGAGGUUCAGUAAGAUUCAGAAUACCAAGAACACAAUGAGGAAAGAUGGAAUUAGCUCGCUGAUGUACAAAGUGGUUUCUGUGAAGAAGUACCCACUCUAUACCAACAUUUCCGUAGAGAUUGGCAAGCCUCCUCCCAGACCCAUUAAGGGAUAGAGAACUACUGUACCAAGGGAUACCAUAUCCUCCCUACAGUUCAGCACACAUACACAAACUCUGGGUCACCUUCCUACUGUAUGAUUACAGCAGUGAUGUGUUGAACAGGUUAGUUCUCAGGAAUACAUUGGGCCUUGGAAGCUCGGUGUGGAUCCAUUGAUGUAAAUUCAGAUCCAGAUGGAGAUGUGCACAUAGUAUCUGGAUUAAAAGGAACAUCAUGAUUAUACUCCAGUGGAUCUUCUGUUCAGACCUAGAGGAUCAAAACAAGCUCUAAAGCAAGACUUGUUCAAAUCUGAUUUUGGUGAGUGACAUUUGAAAAUUUCUCAGCAGAGAACAGGUCACUUGAUGUAAAUCAGAACAUACUGUACAUUUCUAAAGUGAAUGUGUCUUUGUGUACUGCAGAGUUAAAAUCUCUUCUUUCAUUUCUGAAAUGAUGGAUCUGAGAUUGAUAAAUUGGCGCUUAAAGGCUCCUUGGAUAAUCUUGGGACUUUGAUCUAAGAUAGAUUUUGUCGAGGAAGAGAAAACAUGCAUUUCUAAGUAUAAAUACUUCAAUGCUGACAAUUGUGUGAUAUGAUUAGACUGGAUCUGAAUAAAGUCCAACAAGCACAUGACUGUGUCAGUCAACUUAGUAUGAAUGGAUUGCUGUGGUUGGUCAUCUUCACUGGAUCAUCUGGCUGUUCUAGAUGUCUGGAAAUAUGGCAAGAACUUUCCCUGGGAAAUAGAGAAGAUAAAGGUACUGAUUAUCAAACAUCUGUAUCUAUCACCACCUGCUCAACAAAAGACUACAAGCUACCAUUUCUUUAUUGUUUACUUGCGUUUGCCUCAAAGACACAUAUUUAGUUCUGUCAUAUCUCAAGGCUUUUUAAAAAUAUGAAGGAUGCGGUUGUUGGUCAAAUAAUGCCCAUGUUGUUCAGUGUAAUGGUCUCAUGCUCUUUGGUUUUUGAUGAUAAACUACAGAGUUGAUAAUUAAAUGAUGCUCGUAUUAAUGAGUGAUUGGUCUCCAAUAUCCAAAAAUAUUCACCUUUUUCUAAACAAUCUGAAAUGUGUUGAUGCUUUCCUUUAGAUGUGGUUACACUAGGCUUUGAGCAUGCAAAA